UGCUAUUGGAUAGAAAACACACCACACAAUUGUCUUCUUUGUCUCUGGUAUGAUGAUAACUUGCUAGAGCAAGAACACCAGUUUAGCAUGUGAUUCAAGUCCGUGUUGUCAGUUUUGGCAGGAAUAUUCGUCGACGGUAAAUUUUUCAGCGACAAACCAGCUGAAAAGAAGAGUGAUAUCCUCGCUGUUGAUUAACCGCUGAUUUGAGGGUCACAGUUCAUAAACAAACUUCGUCGGGGUGACAGAAGACCUCACAACUUGUGCAGCCUUUUGUUGGGAAAAUAUACGAACAAAGUGUAAAGGUAUUUGCGUGGACAGAGUUUGUUUCUCGGCCAACUCCAUCAUGAAGUCGCCCACUGAAGUUAAAACAGACGACGCCCACUCUGUUAUAAACGGGGGCACGAUGCACAAAUACACUGAAGAACCCACUACACAGAAUGGCCAUGUGUCUGCCAUACAGAAUGGUCACGUAUCUGACUUACAGAAUGGUCACAUGGCAGAAACGCAGAAUGGUCACAUGGCAGAAACGCAGAAUAGUCACAUGGCAGAAACGCAGAAUGGUCACAUGGCAGAAACGCAGAAUGGUCACUUGGUAGAAACACAGAAUGGUCACGUGGGCAUAUCAGCCUCCGAUUCACAGCGCGACGCUGCUCAAGGGCUCUUUAAAAGGAGAAGAGCAGGAAAUCAAGUCCAGGAUGGCGAGAGGAUUAGAAGCAAAAAUGACAUCAUUAAUUUGUCCCCGGGUCUGCCAGGUUUUAGCGUCAAUAUCAUAGGGUUCCUAAUGUUGCUAUGGCCACCAGUCUGUGUUUCCUUCUUCUGGCUCGCCUGUCACGCAUAUCAGUGCUCUCUUGGAGAUUUGGGUGGACAAGUACUUCACGAGAUAUCCGCCAGGACCAUCAUCGCCUUCGCGAGACGGAACAUCCCGAAAGUUAGCAGAGGUCCGAUCAUGUUGUACAGCGCGUGGAUGCUUUUGCAAGUGUUUUUGUUCUUGGUACUUCCUGGCCGCAUCAGACGCGGAACAGCUACGCCAGCUGGAAACGUAUUGACCUAUAACUGUAAUGGCAUGAGUGCAUGGGUUGUGUCCCACGUUCUGUUCUUUAUCUUGGUCAAAAUGAGCCUGAUAGAAGCUACGAUUAUCAGCGACAACUGGGGAGCCCUCAUGGUCAUUUCCAAUGUGUUUGGCUUCAGCUUGACUCUCUUAUCCUACGUCAAGGCGUAUUAUUUUCCGAGUCAUUCAGAGGAUCGGUGUUUCAGUGGAUCGUGUUUCUACGACUUCUUUAUGGGUAUUGAACACAACCCCAGAAUUGGCCCUUUUGAUUUCAAGUUGUUUUUCAACGGAAGGCCUGGAAUUGUGGCCUGGACUUUGAUCAAUUUGUCAUUCGCUGCCAAGCAGUACAAAGACUUUGGUUACGUUAGUAACGCAAUGAUUCUCGUCAACCUACUGCACGCUACUUAUGUUGUAGACUUCUUCCUCAACGAAUCCUGGUAUCUGCGCACUAUUGACAUCGCCCACGACCACUUUGGCUUCUACCUGGCCUGGGGAGACACGGUCUGGCUUCCCUUUAUGUAUACUCUACAAAGUGUAUACCUGGCCCGAAAUCCAGUGAACCUGCCCUGGUGGGGAUGUGCAGCCACACUCUUAAUGGGUUUGACCGGUUACUUGAUCUUCCGAUCUGUCAACCACCAAAAAGAUUACUUUCGGGUUGAGAUGAAAACGAAUGGUAAAUGUGCGAUCUGGGGCAAACCAGCUCGGUACAUUUUAGCACCUUAUGCCACCACCGACUCCAAGCCACAGGUCUCCUACAUUCUGGCUUCUGGUUGGUGGGGACUCUCCCGCCAUUUCAAUUACGUCGGUGACUUGCUGAACGCGUUGUCGUACUGCCUAGCGUGUGGGUUUGGUCACGUGUUGCCGUAUUUCUAUUUCGUUUUCAUGCUGUGCCUUCUGGUUCACCGUUCUUACCGAGAUGACGUAAGAUGCAGGCAGAAGUAUGGCGUGUACUGGGAGAAGUAUUGUAAAAUGGUGCCGUACAGGAUCAUUCCGGACGUAUUUUGAAAAAAGUUGAAAAUAGAUUACGUUUUGAUGCAUUAAAACAAAUUUUCCAUCAUUGGACAGAAAAAUAUUGUCAUUAUUGGACAGCAAGAGGGCCUAAGGUCAUGUACUCUUGUGGUCAGCAGAUAUGGACAUCGCUUCGUGAACAUGCCUGUUAUUUAUUUAUCUUGGUGUUGGAAUUUAAAGGGAAAUAUGUAUCGCAAGUUCAUUAUGCUCGGUGAGAUAAUACUCGUAUUACACUAGCUGUCAACUGUUAGCAGACAGAAUUUCUUCGAUCUUGAAUUCGGCAUGGAUUACACGUUCUCUUUCUGGGACAGUUACUUUUUUCAUUGAUUCGAGAGUGAUUUACCACGCUUUCCUUAAGAUAGAAGUAAUGUAUUUACACGAAGGUGAUGAGGAUGAUUUUUGUACAGGAAAUUCCCGCAAAUUAUCUGUCUUGCAUUUUCGAUAUUUACUUGCAUUCUCAAAGUUUACUCAUGAUUCUAGAUAAACUUAUGCUGAAUUCACUAUCAGAUAAGAGUUUAUUCAAGAAUUUCAGUGCAAUUCAACAGCUCUUUAGGUGGCUGCGUGAGCAAAUAAUAAUUGUUUUCUAUAUUUUCGCAUCCAUUUUUAUUCAUAAUUAGUGCAUUCGUUCCAAGAGCACGUAGCUUGUAGCUCAGUAAUUUACGGAGAAGGACGUUCCUUGGACACGCCCCUUCUCUAGACUUGUGUGUAGUUCAACAGAGUGGCUACUAUCAUCUGUAGACACUAUGUAGAGCAGUUUUCAAUAGAGACGUUACGAUUGGUCCAGAA